CCUCAGAAAUGUUGUACAGUCACUUCUUAUGAAGGGAUUACAGUGCUCUCUCUCAUUCCCAUUGGCUUGGCCCUCCGUGACAGCGGUGUGGUGAUGAGUGGUUGACAUGCCCAGCAUCAUCAUCCAUAACAAGCUUCACAACUUGGUCUCUGUGUGACUCCCAUUCAUUCAUGCACCCACAGGCUUUGCAGCUUUAUGUACUUUUCAGUUCCACUUUUGUGCGCAAAAAUGCUUCAGUCAAUUUGGAAUCUUCUUAUCACAGACACAGAGGAAACAUUUCUCAACUGAACCACUUUUUUCACCUUUUUACGCACGAGAUGAGCAUCCUGGAGAGGUGACUUCAGACAGAGGAAACAUUUCUCUAUACUGACCACUUUUACCUUUUUACGCACGAGAUGAGCAUGAUCUUCCUGGAGAGGUGACUUCAUUUAAAGUGGUGUGUGUGUUUUUUUUUUAUUUUUUAUUAUUAUUAUUAUUAAUGAAUGUGUCAGCUUCUGAGAUGGCCAAACCUUCAGAUCACAUCAAGAGACCCAUGAAUGCGUUCAUGGUGUGGUCCAGAGGCCAGAGGAGGAAGAUGGCUCAGGAGAACCCAAAGAUGCACAACUCUGAGAUCAGCAAGAGACUCGGUGCUGAGUGGAAGCUGCUGUCAGACUCCGAGAAGCGUCCGUACAUCGAUGAGGCCAAGAGGCUGCGGGCUCAGCACAUGAAGGAGCAUCCGGACUACAAGUACCGACCCAGACGCAAAGCCAAGAGUCCUCUGAAGACGAGGGACCACCGCUUCGUGUUCCCGCUGCAGGAGCACUUCAAGGGCUUUUCCAUGGACUCCUUCCUCGCUCCCGUCUCCUCCUCCUCCUCCUCCUCCUCCUCCUCUUCCUUCUCGCAGUUCAGCACCGGAGCUGUCCAGAGGAUGAUACCGGAGAUACCGAUACUGCCCUACGGAGCGCACACGUUUGGGUACCAGACUGCUGGAGGAGGGAUCGGAGGUCUGGCUUGCCACGGACAUCAAAACCUCCACACCCACCAGUCCUCCUCCAGUCCUCCAGGAUACGUGGUUCCGUGUAACUGUAGCGCUGCCUACAGCUUACAGCCUCCUCAGGUGGCUUAUAUCCUCUUCCCCGGAGGAGGGAUGACCAAGAGCGGCAUCAUGGACUCCUACUCUUCACCCAGCUCCUCUGGGUGACACACAGACAGGCUGGAUGGAUGGAUACACUGAGGAGCAGGACGCACCGGGCAGAACGGGACAACUUUGCGCACAGGACCUCAGCAUAAUAUGACAAAAUGACAUGAAAAGAAACAAAACUACAUGUUUUCAUCCUACCAAUGUUACAUCCAAGUAACAACAAAAUUUAGAGACUUUUUUUAUGGUUUUUGCUCAUCCGAUGAGAGGGUGUCCAGGUGUGACAGGACCUCCCCAUCCCAUAAUAUGACAAAAGUAAAAGAACUACAUGUUUUUAUCUUAGAAAUAUUACAUCAAAACUGAAUUUGAUGUAAUAGAUGUUAUGUUUUUUGCUCAUCCGAUGAGACAGGACCCCCCAUCCCAUAAUAUGACAAAAGAAAUAGAACUAUACAUGUUUUCAUCCUACCAAUAUUACAUCAACAGUUGAUCAUGAAAAAUCCAAGUAACAACAAAACUUAGAGACUUUUUUAAUGUUUUUUGCUCAUCCUAUUAGAGG